AUUGUAAAUUUUAUCUGUGGUGAGGUGAUUGUCGGAUGAGCUAUCAAGACGAGUUAGUGAUGGGAAAUCUGAAGUUUUACAGCUGAACAAAAUUCUAUUGUAUUAUGAUGUCUUGAAAAUAAAUAUAAAUAAAGCAUUAUCGGGAAGAUAUCUUAGAUGAUAUUGGAGGUUGACCGAUUAUGUCCGAGUACGAUCUACAGUUUGAAGCGGACCUAGAAAAGGCCCAAGCUCUUAGCUUAGAAAGUUUGGCAUUGGAGCAAUUUCGAAGACAGAAACAGCUAUCUAAUUCAGAUAAUGUUCGGGAAACGGUCAGCAGUAUACGUCGUAGAGAGGAACCCGACGGUGCGCCACCAGCUCUGCCUCCACCACCAAGGAAACCACCAAGGAAGACGUCCACAUCAGAGAACUCUAGGUCAUCAGGAACGAGUCCGACGAGGAAUACGAGCAGCGAUCUAAUAUCGUUCACGAGUCCUACAGCGAAAUCACCUCCAAAUAACUCUCAUGCCUCCCUCAAGGAAUAUCUUGAUCAGCUUAGCAAAUUGGGCCAACAAACCGAGGAUCUUACAAUAAAUGCGCCUGAACAAUCAACCACAAUGAACAACCAGUAUAAUCACAGGCCGAGCUUUCCCUAUAAUGCUCAGUACAAUUACCCCCCUCCGUAUACACCAAUGCCGCCCUACCCUCCAUCCACACCAUACGGCAUGCCUGUACCCAUGGGGCCAAUGCCCAACUACCCCUACUACCCAAUACCUGCACAUCACGAUCAGCCACCAACAUAUGUGAUCACGAACCCACCAAUGUAUGCACCAACGAUACCAUAUAAUCAGACCAGAAUGGCCUCACCGUCACCAUAUAUGCCACAAUAUCCCCACGGUCCACAGUACAAUUACAAUACAACGAAUCUAAUAUCUCGAGCACCGAGACCCAAUCUCUACCCACAGUUAAGUCAGACGGCCAAUUAUCCACAGAUACAACAAAACGCACAACAUAAAACUGUGAAUAACAACAAUAGUGUUAAAAAGCAACCUCCGGUUAAAACUGAACCUUCAAAGGACAGUGCUGAGAAUGCUGUCAAGUCGACUGAGUCCGACGAGUCCACGGCCGGCGGGGAUCCAAAUCUGAUAGACUUCGAUAGAUCCCAAGGUAGCGUAAGAGUGAGUGUUUUAGAGGCAUUCGACCCACUACUAACAGAAAACGAUCACGAUAUAACAGUCCCAAGCGACACGAGCAGUGUGUAUGAGGACUAUGAUCCUCUCGACUUUCUGUACGGGGAGACAGAGCUGAGGGAACCGGUGUACUCCACCGUGGACAGGAAGACGGCGCCCGGGCCUUCGCCCCACAAGAAACUACCAUCACCCACGCUGACUACUAGACAUACCACGAAUAAACUGUACGACUGCAUCGUGAAGUCCAGGACCAAAUUUUACGACAGCGAACACGAAGCGUUCCUGAAAAUGGUUCUCGACGUCAGAAAAAAAUUCAUAUACACGGAUGUUAAGACGAACCCUGGUCACGUGAUAGCGGCCAGGUCCGGGGGGAGGUACCCACCGAACACUAGUAUUAAGAUUCUAGUCCACAACACACACACAGACGAACCGAUCACAUUCACGUCAGACGUGGAGUCGACGGUGGAGCACGUUAUAUUGACUGUAGUGUGCUCCCUCGACGAGGACAUAAGGGAAGACAUGUCCGGUUACAUGCUAAGGGUGUGGGGCGCCAAAGAGUAUUUGACCCCCGGCAGCGUUCUCAGUGAAUACGACUACAUACGGGAAUGCGUUCGUCUAGAGAAGGACGUGUCUCUAUGUCUCUGUGAGGGUAGAGACGACUCCCUCGCCAGGACUGACAGAGACGACGCUAGACACGCCCAUCUCACUCUAGACGACCUCAUACCUGCCCAGGGCUCCCUACACAUGUUGUCGUUUGACAACCUCUCUAUUUUACUCGAGACUCUGGAGGGUGAGUUGUCCCGCGCCGUGGGUGUUGUGGGUGCGGAGGGUACGUGUUCGCCGUCGGCCGUGUUCCAGGCCGUGAAGGCCAUCUGUGCUCUGGCCGGGGGUCUAGUGACCUUGCACCUCACCUACACACUCAACGCAUUCGCUCAGGCUUGCACGGCGCAGCCAUCUAGCACCGUCCGUCCCGAGAUCCAGUCGGAGUCGGGUCCGUAUUGCGCGGUGUCCCUCCGUGCGGCGAGCCCCCGCGAGGCGCUCUCCCUGCAGUGCGCGAGGCUCCGGGACGCCGUGCGCGCCCUGCUCGCCUUGUACACAAGAGCUACGCUGCUAGACUUCCGACUGGCCGACGGACCGUUCGCCACGGACCACGAAAAAGCGGUAUCCUCACAGUCAGUGACAGAGACGAUGUUGUUCUGUAUCGAGGCCGUACACAGCCUGCCGCUGUGUUGGACUCACGACGAGUAUCUAUUCCACGCUCAGAUAUACUACGGAACCCGGCCGCUGAAGACCCUCCACGUGACACAGGAAUCCAAGAUAGAGUGCGGAGGCUUCUAUCCCAGGAUCAUAUUCGAUACGUGGUUAAACCUGGAAGAUACGACGAUCAGUUCGUUACCUCGGGAGUCCCGCCUGGUGUUGACGUUGUAUGGCCGGACCCAGAAGAGUGAGGACACAGGGACCGACCAGGCCGGCGAGGCUGAUGUGAAGUACGAACUGCACGAGCUCGGCUGGGCAGCGAUACAGCUGUUUGAUUAUGAUGGAGUGCUGUCUCACGGCCAGUACGUGUUGCCGUUGUGGCCGAUGUGCUGCGAUCGUCGUAUGGGGCCGGCGCCGCCUCUCCUGCAUUCACCGCCCCCACCAUAUCCGGUUGUCAAUAUCGAAAUCCCGAGUUACAAUCGAAAUGGCGUCCGAUGGUCGGACGGCGAUGAGAAUAAUAAGAGUUCACAGCCCGAAGGUCUGCCAGCGUUUGAUUCACUGGACGGGCACACGCAGCAACAGUUGUUACAUCUGAUAGAACAAGGAGCAUACCAAAGAAUGCCCACCGAGGGAAGGGAGAUAUUAUGGGAGAAACGUCAGUACCUCGUCCAAAUCCCGGGUGCUCUGCCCCUCGUGCUCUUAGCGGCGACUAGCUGGGCUGGGGAGCCCCGUGCUCAGCUGGUUUCACUUCUAGAGCGAUGGGAGAAACCUUCACCCACAAACGCUAUGCAUCUACUGCUGCCCUGCUUCCCAGACGCGGCGGUCCGUAAGUUAGCGGCGAAGCUAGCGAACGGCAUGUCGGACGACGAACUGAUGAGAGUGUUGCCCCAACUCACACAGGCGUUACGUUACGAGACGUACGAAGCUAGUCCGUUAGCAGAAUUACUGCUCUCGAGAGCGCUGCGAGCGCCGGCCGUGGCUCAUAAAUUGUUUUGGCUUCUAGUCCAUUCCCUGCCAAACGUACCACAGGCUCCAAAUCAAGAAUUCCUAGGUAUAACUCUAGAGGACGGGCCGUGCGAGUCGUCUGAACCAGACGCCUGCAUGACCUUCACCUGGAGAAGUCGACUGAUGCUGCGAGCGUUGCUGGCAAUCUGCGGAGAAAACCUUAACAAGACACUACUGAGACAGCAGCUAUUAGUCAAGACGGUAGCGGAUGUGGCGAUGUCGGUGAAAUGCGCUAAAGAAAAUCUCCGGCAGAGGGCGCUUUACGGGGGAGGGGAGAAGUUGGCGGCCGUGCUGAGGCAGGAGCCGGUCGCUCUGCCGUUCGCCUUACACCGAUAUGUACACGAUAUAGACAUCAAGUCCUGUUCAUACUUCUCGUCGAACACUUUACCGCUAAAGAUCAACUUCAUAGGCGUCGACAACGCAGUCGUUCCUGCCAUGUUCAAGGUCGGUGACGAUUUGAGACAGGACUCGUUGGUGUUGCAAGUCAUCAAGGUUAUGGAUAAUCUGUGGCUUCAGGCCGGUUUGGAUCUGAGAAUGGUGACCUUCCAAGCCCUGCCCACCAGCAAUCAGAGAGGAAUGAUAGAGAUCGUAUCCGAAGCGGAAACUCUUCGAGCGAUCCAAACGGAGUGGGGAUUGACGGGGUCGUUCAAGGACAAACCUAUAGCUGAAUGGCUCGCCAAACACAACCCCUCGGAACUAGAGUACCAGCGGGCCAGGGAUAACUUCACGGCGUCGUGUGCUGGGUAUAGCGUGGCCACCUAUCUGCUGGGUAUCUGUGACCGCCACAACGACAACAUCAUGCUGAAAACCUCCGGACACCUCUUCCACAUAGACUUCGGCAAGUUCCUGGGUGACGCGCAGAUGUUUGGCAAUUUUAAAAGGGAUCGCGCUCCAUUCGUCCUCACUCACGACAUGGUGUACGUCAUCAACGGCGGCGAACGACCCACGCAGCGCUUCCAGCACUUUGUCGAGUUGUGCUGCAUGGCGUUUAACAUAGUCAGGGCGCAUCACGAUCAUAUAUUGGAUCUGUUCGCACUGAUGGCGAUGUCUGGUGUGUCGGGCGUGUCUAGUGCGGCGGUGUGCUACGUCCGAGCCGCCCUGCUGCCGGCCGCCACCAACGCCGAGGCAGCCGCGGCCUUCGCUAGGCUCAUACACUCCUCGCUCAAGAGCAAAUUCACUCCUAUAAACUUCUUCCUCCACAACCUGGCCCAGCUCCGGGCGAGCGGCGACCAGGGGAACAGCACCUCCGAGCUGCUGUCGUUUAUGCCCCGGACAUACACCAUGGCGCAAGAGGGUCGCCUCGUCCGCGUAGAGUGUCUCAGCUACGAGAAGCGCUACGACCCGGAGAAGCACUACGUGUACGCGCUACGAGUCUACAGACAGGGACAGGCCACGCCCUCCGUCCUGUACCGCUCCUACAAACACUUCACCGAGCUCUAUCAAAAGAUAUGUCUGCACUUCCCCCUGGCGAAGGUCCACAGCCUUCCAUCAGGGCUCCAUGUCGGCCGGUCGAACAUCCGCCAGGUGGCUGAGCGCAGGUUCGCGGAUGUCCAGUCUUUCUUGACCUCCCUGUUCAGCCUCGCCGAUGAGAUCUCACACUCGGACCUCGUGUACACUUUCUUCCAUCCGCUGCUGAGGGAUCAACAGGAUGUGGAGCCGCAGAGACUCAGGAAGGGCGAGUCCGUGGAGGCGGAGUCGAGUGGCCGCGGUUCCUUGAAGCUGUCCGUUCAAUACGCCGCUGGUGUUCUAUCUGUUCUCAUACUACACGCUCAGUCGCUCGCCUCCUCGCAGGGUCAGCCGCCUAACCCUUAUGUCAAGGUGUAUUUAGUACCGGAUCCAACCAAAGAAACGAAACGUAAGACGCGAGUGCUCAAACGUAACGCACACCCAUCGUUCAUGGAGAUGUUGGAAUAUCGCUUACCGCUGGACGUGGUCAAGAACAGAAGCCUGCAAGCCACGGUGUGGCAUUACGACUCGCUGCAGGAAAACGAGUUCCUCGGCGGCGUCGUGAUACCUCUGAGUUCAUUAAACUUGAGAGAGGAAACAGUAUCCUGGUAUCCCUUGGAAUAUAUCCCGAGAUAGUUGCUACUUACCCGCUCCGCUAUAUGGAGCACACGAUUUAUCUUAAGAUAAACGACUUUGGAUACUAAAUGUUAUAAAUAUAAUAAAUAAAAUCGAUAGAGUCAACAAUAGCUUGCGAUCAUAUCAAUUUUUAUAUAAAAAAAAAUAUUUUUCGGUAACAUUUUUCUAUUAAAUCAUGCAGAUACCUAGCGACUGUAUUGUUUGUAUUUCAAAAGGUUACCGACGUGCAUUAGAAAUGAAUUAGCUGAAGACUGUCUGAGCACUGGUCGCUUAAAACACAUGAAAUUUAAAGUGAACAGGAAUCCAUUCAAAUAACAACCUUACGACAGAAUGCUUAAAGUCUAUUGUACCUUAAAUUUUCUACUUAAAAAAAUGAUUCUAUUCUAUACAUACUAUAUCAAUACUAAAAUAAACUUUGUUAAUAAUGAAACGAGAAAGUUCCUGCGUAAACUGAAAGUUGAUUACUAGAAUUUAUCUGAAAUAUGUCAAAAUAUGUCGGAACUGACUGUAUAAGGAGUAUCUGAUAUUCGUUAUGUUUCUCGUCUAAAUUAAUAGUUAAUAACAUGAAGCCCCCCAUACACACACAUUUCUUGUUAUAAUAUUAUUUAUAAUGUAAUUUCUAUAACAACUUUAUUUCUGCUUCAUUUCGAACUGUUUUGUCUCAGUAGUAAGUUUCCAGUAUAAUGUCAAACUUCAGCCUCUCAAAGGCCAUCCCGCGGACAGCCAUUGAUCAAUCGAUUGGUUUAUUUCUCACAUUCCAGAUUAUAUAUAUUUUUAUAUGAGCAUUUGUUAAUAUUUUACGGUCUGUGGUACUUCGUAGCUGACGGAUGUCUGUGGAGUUCACUCUAUAUGGUCUGCGCUAUAUACAGCGUGUUUAGUUUUUAGAUCUGACUGUAAAGGUUUUGAGCGUUCUCUAUAUGUUAGCUUAGUGUUGCUGUGUUAUAUUUAUCAUUUGUGGAUUGAAUAUUAUUUUUCUAGCAUAUGUACAUUUAUUGGUAUUAUAGAUGCAUUUUAAAUAUUGUAUUAAUUUCUACUGCCCAUUAUAUUGAUCGUAACCGAGUAUUUUACCGCUUUUAGUAUGGGACGGGUGUUCCCCGUCGCCGCAUCAUGGCUUCCAGUAUUGCUCAAAAUAGAAGGAGCAUAUUUAUAUAAUAUAGAUAAUAAAUAUUAACUUGUAUAUAGAUUUUAGACAGUUUUGUAUGUCCUGUUUGUAAUCACCCGAUGGAAUCAUAAUAAGCCCUUUUCGUUGUUUACAAACCUGUUUGUAUCGGUUUAAUAAACUUUUCUAAUACAA